AUGGACCCAGCAGAGGGACAGCAGCUGACUUUGGCUGUGAGAUUCGUUGUCCAGAUAGGGGACAAGCUACAGGCAAUGGAAACCAUUCUCUGUGAAGUUACGGAGGCAAUGAGCCAGAUAACCUUGUGCCACCAAGCCCAGUUUCACCUGGAGGAACAGCUAAAGAUCUACAACAAACUCCUCGUGCAGGUUAACAGGAAACUAGAAAUAGCAGAGAAUAGAUACGCACUAACGAACCCGCUGAUGAUAUCACGGAAAGUCUUUGUGGUUAAAAUUUCCAUGUGUCUCAAAAAUCGAUUUACACGACUCUCAUUUGCAAUGUCGGUGGAUGCAACAGUUUGGUUCGUGGCUCUUCUCGCCGCGUUUUUGCCAGUGAAUGCAACUGUUUUCAACAUUCACAAUUAUGCUUUGUCAGCCUCAAAAGGAACUUCGGCCAAAGUGGAUCAAUUCCCUUCAACCUUAAAUGCCUCAAUCGGUGGAAAUGAAUCCAUGUUCUGCAAAUUUCCAAUACUACAAGAUACUGCUGAAGUCUCGUGGUGGAAGGAGGGUCAGAAGGCAUUUAUAGAACCAGGCAGCAGAAAUCAGUUCAAUGUAAGGAAAGGCAGGGGCACAUUUACCCUCCUGAAUGUGACAUACACAGACGUCGGCUGGUAUUACUGUCAAGUGAAAAGUCAACAACAAAUAUUGGGAAACGGAAGUGGCUCUCAGAUUAAAGUGUUUACUCCCCCAACUCCGCUGAAAAUCAUCCGUGUUGAAGAAACUUCACCGACAUCCCGGAAACUCAUGUGUAUAACUGCACCAUUUUAUCCGAAGAAAUUAGACAUCUUUUGGCGAAGAAAUAAUAAGGAAAUUCAAUCCGAAGAAACGGCAAUAAGUGAGACUUCGGAAGGAUCUUUUGAGGCUUCCAGUACUUUGGAAGAUACGCAGCCUGCUCAGGGCAAAGUGGUUUACACCUGUCUGGUAAAUCACGAAACGCUCAAACAUCCUGCCAUUUUCAGCUAUAUUAUUGAACAAGAUCGAGAAAACAGCAGUAAGCCCCUGAUUCUCGGAGGUGCAUUGGGCGGACUGGCAUUUAUAAUUCUGAUUAUAAUUUUGAUAAUAACCGGAGUUAAGGCAAAACGUGGUAAGAACAUGAAUGAUUUGACAAACAUUCCCAUGUAUUACCUCAGCAGAUUGAAAAGACAAAUGGUAAUGAAAGAAUCAAGAUUUCCAAGGCAUUAUCCGAUUCACAUUCGACAUUACUAA